GGUUCCGUCACUCGGCCGUUAGUGGAGGAGGGAGAGGGAGAUUGAAUGAAUGAGGAGGAAGACGAAAGAUCCGAGGAAAGACGAAGCGAGCGACAGGACAUUUCGGACUGAACAAACCAGCCUUAGGAAUCCGCCCUGGGCGGCUGACUCAGCCACAACGCUGUCCUCGACGUCAUCUGGUUUGUGGUUUUCGGUCAGGCGGUAAUUUUGGUCGGGAAGUUGGGGGUCAAUGGGGGAAUGGGGAAAAUGGGUAUGGAUGGAUGUGUAUCACCAAGGUAUGACCACGGUAUUGAUGGUUGCUGAUGAUGACGCUGUCCGCUGUUUCCCUCCUAUCUCUCUCUCUGUCUCGGUCACUGUCAGUUUAUGCUGCUGCUGCUGUUGCUCCUCCAUUGAUGAUGUACGUAUUGGCUUGUUCUUUUUUUUUCUGCUUCAGCUCAUCAGCUGCUACCUUCUUUGCCUCACCAAGAAAAAGAAUCCAUGGCGUUGUGCUUACGGAGCACUGGAUCGAAUUAGACUUUAUAUCCUCAUCUUUAUCGGCAUUGUCUCUUUUCCCUCAUCAUCAUCAUCAUCUUCUUCUUCUUCUUCUUCUGCUUUCUCUUCCUGCUACUCCGUAUUCUGUCUCUUUCUCUUUGACAUUAUUGAAACUGUAUCGGCCCAUUCCCCACUAUCUCCCUUCGUCCUUCUCCUCUCUCAGGCUGCAAGACGUUUAGAAUUCCGCUUUCAGACCUUGGUUGAACACAAACACAACAGGUCAUAAUCAGAGGACAAAUUGUUUAUGACAGGGAAACCCUAGACAGAAAAGUUUCCGGACGACAGCCGCACCAUUCCUGGUUGACAGUCUCUUUUCAAAUCCUAUUUCAUCAUCACCUUUUGUUUCCGGCCACUGC